AGACACAGAAUAGAGAGAGAAGAGAGUUUUUAGUUUCUGGGCUUUUGCUUUGAUUUGCUUGCGUAGUGAUCUCUCUCUCUCUCUCUCUCUCUCUCUCUCUCUCUCUCUCUCUCAUCAAUCUUCUGAUCAUCUCUUCAUCAUUGUUUUUUUUUCUUUCUUCUUUCAGAGGGAGGAAGAAAGUUUCUAUUAAUAGCUCUGUGUUGAGAGAGAUUCUAUAGAUGUAUUAAUGAUUCUUGUUCAUUGUCAACGUCUUUGUAAUCAUCAUUAAGGUUUUUUUUUUAUAUCGACACUGAAGUUGUGUAGAUUUAUAUUAUCUCCUUCCUUCUAGACCUUUUGUGUAUCUGGUGCUUAUCUCAAGCUCAGGAUCUGAUUGGAUCUCGCUCUAUUAGGUUCUUGCUGCUAGAGAGAAGAAUAAGAAGAAGAAGAUAUGAACUACUUCCCAGAUGAAGUGAUAGAGCACGUCUUCGACUUCGUUACAUCUCAUAAAGACAGGAACUCAAUAUCUCUGGUAUGCAAAUCUUGGUUCAAGAUCGAGAGAUACAGCAGACAGAACGUGUUCAUCGGAAACUGUUACUCGAUAAGCCCCGAGAGGCUACUCAGGAGGUUUCCUUGUUUCAAGUCCUUAACCUUGAAAGGGAAGCCUCACUUCGCUGACUUCAACUUGGUUCCUCACGGAUGGGGAGGCUUUGUGCAGCCUUGGAUCGAGGCUUUAGCGAGAAGCCGCGUGGGGCUAGAGGAGCUGAGGUUGAAGCGUAUGGUUGUGACUGACGAGGGCUUGGAGCUGCUUUCGCGUUCCUUUGUGAAUUUUAAGUCUUUGGUGCUUGUUAGCUGUGAAGGGUUUAGUACUGAUGGUUUAGCCUCCAUUGCAUCCAACUGCAGGCAUCUACGAGAUCUGGACUUGCAAGAGAAUGAAAUUGAUGAUCACAGAGGUCAAUGGCUAAGCUGUUUCCCAGAGACUUACACAUCUCUUGUCACGUUGAACUUUGCGUGUCUAGAAGGUGAAACCAAUCUGGUGGCAUUAGAGAGGCUAGUUGCAAGGUCUCCAAACCUGAGGAGUCUGAAGCUAAACCGUGCAGUGCCGCUUGAUGCAUUGGCGAGGUUGAUGGCGUGUGCGCCGCAGAUAGUUGACUUAGGAGUAGGGUCUUAUGAGGAUGAGCAAGAUUCAGAGUCUUGUCUGAAGCUCCAGGCCGCUAUAAGGAAAUACACAUCGUUACGGAGUUUGUCUGGCUUUUUAGAGGCUGCUCCUCAUUGUCUGUCAGCGUUCCACCCUGUAUGUCAUAACCUCACCUCCUUGAAUCUUAGUUAUGCAGCUGAGAUCCAUGGCAGCCAUCUCAUUAAGCUUAUUGAGCAUUGCAAGAAGCUCCAACGGUUAUGGAUACUGGAUAGUAUAGGUGACAAAGGGCUUGAAGUGGUAGCUUCUACAUGCAAAGAGUUACAAGAGCUUAGGGUUUUUCCAACUGAUUUACACGGUGGAGGCAACACAGCUGUGACCGAAGAUGGUCUAGUUGCCAUCUCAGCAGGCUGCCCUAAGCUUCACUCUAUUCUCUACUUCUGCCAGCAGAUGACAAACGCAGCGCUCAUAACCGUUGCCAGGAACUGUCCCAAUUUCAUCCGGUUCAGACUCUGCAUCCUCGAGCCUCACAAACCCGACCACGUCACAUCUCAACCUCUAGACGAAGGCUUUGGAGCAAUCGUGCAAGCAUGCAAGAACCUGAAACGCCUUUCAGUCUCGGGUCUCCUCACAGACCAAGUCUUCCUCUACAUUGGGAUGUUUGCUACUCAGCUUGAGAUGCUCUCUAUAGCUUUUGCUGGGGAUACGGACAAAGGCAUGUUGUACGUGUUGAAUGGUUGCAAAAAGAUGAGGAAGCUAGAGAUUAGGGAUAGUCCGUUUGGGGACGCGGCGCUUCUUGCUGAUGUGAACAAGUAUGAAACAAUGCGAUCCCUUUGGAUGUCGUCAUGCGAAGUCACUCUUGGGGGAUGCAAAAGGCUUGCACGGAAAGCGCCAUGGCUCAAUGUAGAGAUCAUUAACGAGAACGAUAAUAACCGGAUGGAGGAGAAUGGAUAUGAGGGAAGACAGAAGGUGGAUAAACUGUAUCUGUACCGGACUGUGGUUGGGACAAGGGUUGAUGCGCCGCCAUUUGUGUGGAUUCUCUAGUUUUUUUUUUCGUUCCGACCAAACAUGGAACUGGUUCAAUGCUUCUGAGAUUCUGAUUGGUCGGCCUACGUUCGUGGUCCUUUCCGAAAUUAGGUGUACUUUUUUUGUAUUAUUUAAGACGAAAAAACUGAUUCUUUUGUGAAAGCCUUUCUGUUUUUCUUUCCUCUUUUGACUUUCCCCUGGUGAUUUAUUGCUU